UGAAGAAUUGCAGCAGAGGCAGAGCUACUGGCUACACACUGACCGAACUAGUUGUUCCGUUGUUCGACGAGUUGGCGCGAGACCGGAAGACAGAAGUUAAGUAAUUAUAUCAGCCAAGAUGUUUUGGGGUUUGAUAAUAGAACCAAAUAAGCGGUACACGCAGACCGUUGAAAAAUCAUUCCACGUGUCAAUGGCGAGUUUAGAUCUGACUACAGCCGAUGAUAAUUUGGUACAAGUAAUGUUGUGCUACGACAAUAGAAAUUAUUUGCUUUGUAGCCUAAGGAAGAGCACAACAUGGCAGGUACCGCUCGAUUUAAACUUUCAAGAAGGAACUAAAAUAGCGUUUACAUGUAACGGGCACGGUCAUGUACAUUUAACUGGCUAUCUAAUACCUGACGAAGAUCUGGAUUUAGACGAAGAAGAAGAUGAUGAAGAAGCACCGCAGCUUAUCGAUAAAUUGUCAAAGCGGAAAGCUAUGGAUUCAUUGAAGAAUGAAAAGAAUGCCAAACGUCGUAAACAGGAACUCGAAGCGGAAUCCUCAGAUGACCAAGAUAUAGAACUAGAUGAUUUAAACGAAGAAAGUGACACAGAUGAUUCCGAGGAAGAAGGAGAUGAAUCUAUAUUAAACCAUGUCGAAAUGGAAGAUAACGAAGAAGAUGACGAUAGCGACGAAGAAGACGAGGAGGAAGGUGAAGAAGAAAAGGUGGUGAAGCAUCAAAAAAAAGAUAAAAAAAAUAAACAGCAACAACAGCAGAAUCAACAGAAGAAAAAAUUAUUAAAUGGAAAAGAAGCAAAACAUGAACAACAAAAUAAACAACAGAAAAAAAACAAGGGGGAACAACAGCAAAUAAACGAUCAAAAUAUUCACAGCGAUCAGAAAAAAAGGCUUAUAGAAGGAGGAGUACAAAUAGAGGAAUUAAAAGUAGGUAAUGGUACACCUGCAAAAGCUGGAAAGUUUGUUUCUGUAUACUAUGUGGGUCGUUUGAAAAAUGGAAAGAAGUUUGAUGCGACAACGCAAGGAGAAGGUUUCAAAUUUAGACUUGGAAAAGGUGAAGUGAUCAAAGGAUGGGAUGUUGGCAUCGUAGGAAUGAAAGUUGGAGGAAAACGACGUGUUACGAUACCUCCAGCUAUGGCAUACGGAGCAAAGGGUUCACCGCCAAUCAUUCCUGGCAACAGUACGCUUGUGUUUGAAGUUGAACUUAGGAAUGUUCAUUAACAGUUAAGAAUAUCUUACAGACUCUCGAGUAUUUGUUAAGUGAUAUGUAAUGUAUUUUUAAACAGUAAAGUAGGUAUCCUUUUUCUAUUGUCCUGUAAAACUUCAAAUUUAUCAAAGAUAUAACAUUUAUAAUAUAUUUUAUACUAUGUAAUAUCAUUUUGAAAAUAUUCUGAUGGUUUAAAUAUGAUGUACGAGUGUAAGUAAAAUAAUGUACUAUGACUUUUAAUUUUGAGUAAACAUACAAGGGUAUGCAGUUUCCUAGAAACUCUCAGAUUCUUUAUUAAAUGUUGACUUGGUAAAUAAUGUUUACAAUUAAAACUACACCUAUUUGAAUAAUUUAAUUUUUUUUAAUAAUAUAACAGUCUCAAUGAAAAAGAUUUUUCUGUGCAUAGUAUAAAAUAUUAAAAAUGAAAACUGGUUUAACGAAACACAAACUUUUAAUAGAACUAAUUUUUUAUGGUUUAUUUAAGGUAAAUAACAUAGUUUGUGUAGAUUUCACGAUGUAAAAUCUUUUGUCUUUGAAUGUGUUAAAGUAUUGAAGUUCUUAAAUAAAAACAAGCAUCUUAAGUA